GUAUCGGAUUCGGCGACGCUCCAGCCUCGAGCAGCAACUGGACUAUUUCGGACGAGCCAGCUCUCAGAGCAAAAUGAAUGGGGGCUCGGCCGUCCUCGUCGAUGGCAUUGAGGUUGAGGGAGUCGGUCUUCUCAUCAAGGAGCUGCACAACCGUGUCGAGGUCGCCGCAACAUGCAGCCUCGUGAAGAGAAUUACUGCUGGCUGUAUGUUCCGCGAGAAGACGUCGCCAUAGCUGUGCUGCCGUUGCGCGGUUGAAGGGGCUGUUGGCAAAUGCCUCCAGGGUCCGGCUCGAUUCGUCCAUGUUUGCCGUUGAUAGAGGAUGGUUGAACUGAGGACGGUUGAAGUGAGGACGGUUGAACUGAGGGCACGAGGCUCUCGUGAAUGCCUCCUCAGCUCGACGUCUUGUCUUGGGUUACACAGCUGCAAGCCACUCGGCUCAAUGGUCACGCCGAGCCAAUCGACUGCAAGGGUCCUACACCACCCAGGCGAAGUCCUACACCACCCAGACGAAGAGCGAGAACGGCCAUCAACGUCCGAAGAUUAUAGGCUCCACUGUCCUGGCCAUCUGUCUUCAUUCCACGACACGCGCCCGGUCAGCUUGGAGCUUGGCUGCCAACGUUUGGGGGUCUUGAUAUCCAGGUUAGGUGUACAAACAAUUGAGGACAUCAUGGAGGACUGGGGCAAACUUUCCGCCAUCAUCGCGAUCGUGACACUCUCGGUCAACAUAUUCCCGCUCAUCUUGGUGCCUCUAUUCCGGAACAUCUUCCUCAAACUCCAACAACUCGUCUAUCGCGGCUACUACCGAUGCGAAGCAAUCGGCUGGGACGGCCUGCACGACCGGGGCCUGAGCCACGUCCCAACGCUGCAGGCCGCCACAUCGGCAACGAGCGAACUGGACCUGGUCGCAACUAGGCCGCAGAUCCCGAACCUCGUCGCCUUCUUUGACAAGGUCUGGCGGGCCAAGCCACAACCCGUUGCGCGGCCAAGCUAUCUCGCCCCAGACAAGAACUACCUCCGCGUCGACGCCGACGCUCUGGUCGCCGCCCUCCUCGUCGACGGCACCUACUACGGCCUCGGCGGCAGCGGAAGCGGCAGCGACGCUCUCCCGCUGGGCGACUCGUUUUCCUUCCAAUACGGCUCGACCGUCAAGGGGCAGUUCCAGCGCUUUGGGGCAGCACCCAGCACCACGGCCGAAAACACGGUGCCCGACCCGUACAUCAUCGGGCGGCUGACCGGCUUCCCGCAGCACGAAGGCAUCCGGCGGCACGCGCGCGGCAUAACCAAGAACGACCUAAAAGCCAUCGCGGCGGGCUACCCGCCCUUCUACCGGCGAACCGUCAUGUGCAACUCGGGCGCGCCCGUCGCGCACCCGAUCCGCACCGUGCGCGACAUCCACCGCGGCGCGUGGUUGGUGGCCAUCGGCUUCUCGCGCGCGUACCUCGAGCCGCUGGGCCUGUACCACGGCGGGCAGAUGGGCGCGUACCGCGGGGCGUGCGGCCGCGUGCUGCACACGCUGCAGCGGCUGCAAACGGCAUACCAUGACCACGUCGGCUUGAGCACCACCCUAGACGCGGCGGUCCGCGGCGUCGCGCGCAUGAACGCCAACACGUCCGGCAGCGGGCUGCCGACCGUCACGGCCGGCACUGCGCUGCAGGGCUGCGAGGACAACGCCGGCAUCGGGGCCACGCUGAGCGCGCCCGACGUGGCUUUUGCCAUGGACUUGUUCAGGGACUUUGGCGACGGGCCGCUUAUCAUCAAUAUCGCUACUGGCCGGGACCGCGAGCGCGCGGACCGUGUCUUGGAGGAGGCGAUCCGCGCGGCAGUCAGCGGCGUGUACAUCUGGUGGCAGUAUGUCAACAAUGCGAGCCGUCCGCUGCCCGGGUGGAUGCGUGACGAGAGCAUCAGGCAGUGCCCUAUCUGGAUUGAGGAGGGGGGCGGCGUGGCGGAACUGGGGCUGUGACUGACGUAUCGCGGUAUAAUUGUUGUCUGCUUACGUUUGUUGUUUGUCUGCUUGCAACCACUAGGCCAAGAGGUUAAUUAUGCCGCGUUUGUUGAUUGCUAGCACGCAAAAAAGACUUUUGAAACAUGGACCUACAUAUCCGGAGAGUUGCAGAUGUUUGUCGCUGAAUAGGCAUCGGUAACUAGGUAGGUGCGCGGCAUUUAUAUUUCCUAAGCGUAAAUGGCUAGGCCGGUGAUCGACUUCAAUGAGGAGUCGUUUGCACCCAGGAGACAAUUUGUUUGUAACACUUAAUACAAGUAAUAGCAGCAUGGUAGCCACUCUUGCACCCAGACAGCUAGAAGAAUGAUGGAAGGGUUUGCAUGGGGCAAACACGUUCGGGGCGUAUCAGAAUUGGGUUAUUUCCUUA